AUAACAUCCAUCAACGUGUUCCGUGAGACUCCCAUCAGCGCGCAUGUCCCGACGCCUGCCUUUUAUGGGUGAGCGGUCCCGCCAGAAUCCCGCCCCAUCCAUAAUAAGAAGUCCCGCCCAGCGCCACAUCAGAAAUUAGGCGUCUGUUCUGAAGUUCUUGUUCGACUUCACCAUAUUCAACGAUGUUCGCUGUCCCGCCCAUGCCACUCGUGCACAGCGCUGCCCAAUUAACUCCCGACACACGAUGGGCGCGAGAAGUCAACAAGUAACUUCCCGAUGUCCUCUGGCGGGCUAUAAAAGACACGCAGCCGCAUGACAUGACAGUCGAGUCACCCAGCGUACUGCGCAUCCCCAGGGCUAAUAACGUCUGCCUAUAUAUUUUCUGACUCGCACAAUCUCUCUGACUCUAAUCUGACACGAUGAACUAUCGGAUCGGCACUCCUGCCUCUUCAUCCCAUCACAGGUCGUGGGCUGUGCACAGCGCACAAUCUGGCUCCAGCGGCCAAGCCUUCCAAGGCCACUGGUCUGCGCUCCCGGGGUCAUCCACGUCGCCGUCCCCGAUCCCAAACGCACCACUUCUCCAUCCAGUUUCACUCCCACACCCCAAUGCAGCUUCGCAUCAAUCCCCUAUGUCAUACCAAAAUUCAUCUACAUCCCACUCUUCAUUCAUAGUCUUGCACUCACUCUUGAGUUAUGGUCCGAAUUUGAGAUUUAACAUCACACAAGACCUUGCACAUGUGCAACUGCGACCGGGGUGUUCACCUGCCAUGCUUCAGGAGCUUGCGGUGCAACCGCCAGUCUCUCAUAUGAUCAUUACCAUUCCUGGGCUUUGUGCUUGGACGAUAGAGGUUGUGAACCCUCGGGGUAUCACUGUGAACAAUGUCCUUGCCAUGAUACGUGAAACGCUCAACCGGAGUGUUGCUUCGCAUGAGAUGCAAAGAUCUUCUCGGGCAGUCAAUGCUGCUGUUGAUUCUUUCAGGGCCAGGUCCCGCGCUGACCCGCGCGAACAUGCGCAGGGCGUGAAACGCGUUGACUUUUUAGGCCCCAAAGUUUUCUUUGCUGGGCUCGCUAGAGCUCGAGAUGGGUCGGACAGCUGGGAAAUCCACUUUGCCCAGAAUGUUUGAUCCUCGCCGAGCGCGGGAUGCAUAGGCUAUUCCUUAUCUUUCACCUAGCUCAGUUCCAAUGGGCUUUGGUCGGAUCUCAUCACUCAGCUUGCACUGCCCGCUCUAACUUUACUUGGCAAUUUGCCGUCACCGCUCUCUUCUUUGCAUCUAUAUUCGACAGCCCCUAAUUUGUUUUAUCGCUAUCUUUGCUCUAUCUCUGUCCGCAAUGUUUUUUCUUCUUCUUGAUUCAUGCACCGCAAUAGUUUGCACUCAUAUCACUUGUACUUUUAUUUACCACGUACUCAAUCCUCCACGGCAAUCCAGUGUAUUCAUAUUUGACUUUUGAUCUGUUA